UAUCACCGUUGUUAUGUGUGCGGCAAGACGUUGUCUACGGAAAACUAUAAGACAGUGGAGAGAGGAGAAGUUGGAAUGGUAAGAUUCAGGAAUGAGUAACUCAAACAGGAUGGAAGAAGUACACUGAACAACAGCAAUGCAGAAGACUCCCGAGAUGCAAGACGAGCGCACAGAGUACGCGCUUGGAAGUCUCCUGUUAAGUGAAUACAACGCGAGCUUCAUGGUCAACAGGACUAAUCUUUCAUGGAGUGACUUUCAGGAUCUCGCCGAUUUGGAUAAACCCGAGGGAGAUGGAUCUGCGGUCCUUAGAAUAAUGAUCUCUGUCAUUUACUCGGUUGUGUGCGCACUGGGUUUAAUCGGAAACAUCCUUGUCCUCUAUCUCAUGAAAUCAAAACAAGCAUGGAAGAAGUCUUGCAUCAACCUCUUUGUGACCAGUUUGGCGGUCACUGACUUUCAGUUUGUUUUGACGCUUCCUUUUUGGGCUGUGGAGAACGCCAUGGAUUUCACUUGGCUAUUUGGGAAGGCUAUGUGUAAGAUAGUGUCUUAUGUCACGGCUACGAACAUGUACGCCAGCGUGUUUUUCCUCACGGCUAUGAGCUUCGCGAGAUACUGCUCCGUGGCUUCGGCGUUAAAAAGUAGGAGGCGCCGGUUGCGUUUCUCCGCGCAAUGGAUGACUAUCAUCAUCUGGAUAGCAGCGGUCGGUGCCGCUCUGCCAAACGCCAUAUUUUCAACGACCGCCACGGUAUCCAACGAGGAACUGUGUCUGGUGAAAUUUCCCGACAGGAGCGGAGACGCGCAAUUUUGGCUAGGUUUAUACCACGCGCAAAAAGUACUUCUGGGGUUCAUCAUUCCGCUCGGAAUAAUCACGAUCUGUUACCUGCUCCUCUUGCGCUUCAUAACUAACAAAAAUGUGAACACCUCCAGCGCUAAGAGGCGAUCCAAAGUGACCAAAUCAGUGACUAUUGUCGUUUUGUCUUUUUUCCUGUGCUGGCUGCCGAAUCAGGCGUUAACCGCGUGGGGUAUCUUAAUAAAACUCAAUGUAGUGCACUUCAGUUACGAGUACUACACCACACAGGUGUAUAUUUUUCCAGUCACAGUCUGUUUGGCACAUUCAAACAGCUGUCUCAAUCCUAUUCUGUACUGUUUGAUGAGAAGGGAAUUCAGAAAGGCGUUGAAAAAGCUGUUUUGGCAAAUUACAUCGCCUUCUGUGACGAACAUGAGACCGUUUACAGCCUCCACAAAGCCCGAGCAGGAUGAACACGGUCCCGCGCUGGUUCCUCGCAGUCCCGCGGAGCCCGCGCUCGUUUUCUAUCCCCCGGGAACGGUCAUCUAUAACGGCAGAAACGACCUUCUGCCUAACAGCACAUAAGGAGAAGUUAUGUUGAGUAAGUUUUCAGACUCAAACAAAAUGGCAAAUAAGUUAAUUAAUU